AAAGCUUUUUCAAUUGCCCGCGGUCUCUUGAUUAAAGCUGACGUUUAUUUGAGUGCCGGCACUCUUUCGGCGAAAGUGGAAAUUGUUUAGAAAUCUUUGUGAACUCGGGAACAAUCCUUCGGCGGAUCGGGAUUAAUUCUAUUGUAUAAUUGCAGUGUGGCUUUUGUUUAAUUGCAAUUGGUCGCGUUAACGUUAUUGGAAUUGAUUGCACCGCAGAUGCUGCAAAUUACACUGAAACGCACACUUACACAUCGGCAAAACAACUGUUACGCCUACGCAGCAGCAGCAGAAACAACAACAAUAACAGAGAGGAAUUAGCAGUCGAGCAGAAACAAUUUUCCACCCAAAAGGGGAAAUAACUGUUUCAAAAAGGACCUUCGAGAUCAAGGAGCGUAUUAAAAUGGCUUGCACAUGCGAAGUAAUUGGCCUUGCCUGCGUGGUGGCCCUAAUUUUGAGUGCUACGGCCAAAGCUCCCUAUCAGAUGCGCAUGGUCUUUAUAUUCUUUGGGGCGGGUGCUAUAGUCCUGGUUUGUGUUCCGUUUAUGAUCCUUCGACCUAGAGACUAUCGAAAUGCGCUUUUCCCGGCUUGGUGCUUCCGGCAACUGUGCCGCUUAAUGGGCAUUACAAUGGAGGUUCGGGGUCUAGAGAACGUCCGUAAGGACCACGGCGCAGUGGUGAUAAUGAACCACCAGAGUGCUGUUGAUCUUUGCGUUCUGGCCUACUUGUGGCCAGUGAUUGGUAGAGCAACAGUUGUGUCCAAGAAGGAAGUUCUGUAUAUCCCGUUCUUUGGCAUUGGGGCAUGGCUGUGGGGAACCCUUUAUAUCAAUCGGUCCCGCAAGACUGACUCGAUCAACUCACUGCAGAAAGAAGCCAAGGCGAUACAGGAACGCAACUGUAAACUGCUGCUCUUUCCUGAGGGCACACGCAACUCCAAGGAAUCGCUACUGCCCUUCAAGAAGGGAUCGUUCCACAUUGCACUCCAGGGCAAGAGUCCUAUCCAGCCGGUGGUCAUAUCAAAGUACUCCUUUAUGGACGAUGAGAAGAAAACCUUUCGUCCUGGUCACGCCCUAAUUCACAUCCUUCCAGAGGUUCCCACCGAGAAGUACGCGAAGGAGGACGUACAGCAGCUAAUCGACGAGUGCCAGUCCAUUAUGCAGACGGAGUACACGAAGCUGAGUAAAGAAGGCCUAGCCUUGAGCUCGAAAAAGCAGGCAUAAAACUAUAUAGGUUACGAUAUAACUCAGGUUACACGAAAAUUACACCCAGAUAUACACAGAAGUUCCUGCUUGAGGAUUUAAUUUAUAUUCGAUCUACAAGAUAUGUCUGUAUAUAUAGAUAUAGCGUGAAUGACAGAAAUCAAAAGAAACGGAAAGCAGAUAUUUGAGGGGCUCGGAAACAUUUGUCUAGUAUUAAGUAAGCUACAUUACAUUUUUGAAUAAUAUUAACUGUUUUACCUCCAGUACUUGCAUGUUAAUGCCUUGAGCUUUUUUUUGGCAAAGAGAAAAACCAACAAAAAAUAUUUUUACAAACAAACCAAAUUUGUUAGAUGUUUAGCUUUAUGCGAAUUAAAUAUAGAUUUAUAUAUUUGAAUAAUGAAAUGAA